GAACAGUUUUCUCUGGGUAUCCAGUGGCUUGGUGAACUCUAUACAUCCAAGCCUCUUCAUUUAUCGCAAGAUGACUGGUCAGUACCUAAAUACUGGCCUAAGGUUGAAGGUCGUGUCCCAUUGGUUGGCCACACUCCUGUGUUCAUCCAGAUCGUGACUGAGGAAGAACUGAAGAUUUGUCCUUUGUGUAUUACGUCAAGGAUUCAUGACGGAAUGCGAAUUAUAACAGUGAAUGCUGCCUGGUCUGUAAACAACCAAUCAGAGACUGACUUAUUGAUGAUCACUAAUAUGGUAGCUAGUUCCUGUACACAGGUCAAACUGUUUUCGAAGAAACAGAAACCAAAACCUCUCAAGUUAAAGGCAGCUCCGGAAAAUAGCCGACUCCAACCUGUGCUGUUUUGGGACUUGACUUCACCUGGUAGCCAUGACUCAGAAUACCAGCAGUAUCUGUGUUUAGCACAGAAGUCAAGCGAUGAACCAGUUUGGAGUUAUCCGGUGUGUGUGACGACUUCUAUUCCCGACUCUCGUCUCACUGUUUCUGUUCCCGAAAUCGGUGGAACUACUAAGCCCUACCUUAUCAUGGUCCACAAGAAGGAUGGGCUGACCUUCCUCAUAACGAAAAAUGACCCUUGUCCAGUGGUGAAAUUAUACAACAAUACAAAGUAUAUUUUGUUGUAUGGACAAAGUUGUUUCACCAAAGAAGAAGGUUAUUUUGUUGAGGAAGAGAAAACAGGACAUAAGCAGUUUCUGUCCAUCGGUCCUGGGUGUUCUGCCCAUUAUACACCCCCAGCUUUAUCCUCUUCUUACCCAAACUCCCCAGAUCUUCUUCCCAAUAUUUGCCUAGCUAAACAAGUUGAGAACACUGAUCAACAGUGUGAGUUAGUAGAAGUUUGGAGCUGUGGAAUAAACCUUAUGUCUGAAGGUGACCAGUUUGUAAAUGUUCCUGAUGCCUGCGAUGUCCGUAUACACAAAGAAAGAGUUUCUAACACAAUUGUACUUUUCAUUGAACCAGCCAAUAGGGUAGAGAUUUCAGCUAAGGAAAUAAGAAGUCGUAUAGGUGUGCCCCAUGGUACUCAUCAUGAAAGGUCCGUUUCAGUUCCUGAAGACAAUAGAGAAGCUAAGUUUGUAGCACAAGAGGACAAAGAUUCUGUACAGCCAACAUUAGUUAACCCUCUCAGAGUUCCAGCUGUGGAACGGACUAUACAGUUUCUUUCUCUCAAGUUAUCCCACAUGUCGCUGAUCAUAUGUGAUGAUCUUAACGCACAUCAACCAUACCAACAGAGUGAAGUGCUGAGAGUCAACCUGGAUCAACUUCUGAUAUUUCUGAGGCCUGGAGCUUCUGAGGCAGUGACAUCUUCCCCAUCUUGCUGCUCUCAGAUCAUACAAGAGGUUAAAUUUCAUGUGGGAAGUAUUCAGGUGGACAACCAACUAGAAGAACAAGGAGCAAGUGGUUAUGAUUUUCCUGUUAUUCUUCUUCCAUCAGGAAAUGACCCAACAACCAAGGAAAACCUCCAGCAUGAAAUCGAACCAAACUCAUCCCAGUCACUUCUAAAGGUUGAUGUUGUUCUGGAGUACUCGGAAGAAAACCGAUCUCGUGGCAUGUCUGUCCAUAGCCUGUCGAUGUCUCUGACCCCAGUAUCUGUUUAUUUGGAAGACACUUUUUUUUAUAAGCUCUUUAAACUUCUGCCUACUUUUAAGCCUUCUUUGAUCCAUCGUAAAAUACUUCUGCAGUCUAGAGAGCAACUUCUUCCUGCAGAAGUUUCCGUGACAGCUACUUCCCUUUCUAAACCCAUCCACAUUCAUCAGUUUCACAUUCAUCCUAUAUCCUUAAUGUUGAGUCUUCGAGCUUCCCUCAAGUUAUACCUCUCUCUCGACCACACGCCACUACACUUCCACAGCUUCCAGAGGAAUGCUUUGUUCAGCAGUAGUUACAGACUUGGCCACAUGCUCACCAUGCACUACUUGUCUGCUGCCUUACUGAGAGCGGGAUGGGUUUUGGGUUCCAUGGAUCUCUUAGCCAACCCAGCAGGGUUUGCCCGUGCUGUGAGUAGAGGUCUGACAGAUUUUGUACUGAUGCCAUAUCGAGGGCUUCUGCGCGGUCCAUGGGCAUUUGUUACCGGAAUGUCUGAUGGAGCAGCCUCUAUGCUAAGACAGAUAACUUCUGGUGCUUUAGUAUCAGUGACAAACUGGGCAGGUAGUGUCUCCAGAAAUAUGGAUAGGCUUUCCAUGGAUACUGACCACUGGACACGACAGGAAACUUUAAGAAGACACCACCCCUCUGGUCUUGUUGCUGGUCUUGCUCAGGGUCUCAGUGGUUUUGGUAUCAGUUUGUUGG